AUGUUGCAAAUACGGGAAAAAGACUGGAUCGUGAUAUUAUCAAACCAUAGAUGGCCUGUCCGUGAUGCUAAAACGGGACGGAUGGUGGAAAAGCCCAGCAGACCGCCGCCGAGAGCCAAGGAUGCGGUUCAGACUGGCUAUUCGUUUGUUGCUAUUGCAAGCAACAGCCCUGUGAUAGCCGCCAAGGCUAUGCUUGUCGUCGUCUUCGUCUUCGUCGUCUUCGUCGUCGUUAUCGGUUUCCUUCUUACCAACGACAAGCGAAUGCGAGGCGGGGACGGAGACGGAUGA